CACAGUUUGAUCUAUAUUAUAAAACUAACAUUUUUGAUAAUGUAUUUCAAAAUAUUAAAUUCUGUAUUUACCCAUAGAAACAAAGUAUUAUCUAAAGUGUUUUUUAAGUCCCAUGCAGUGCGAAACUUCAGCCAAGAAAACUUUUCCACGGGUUUAACAACGACCGACAGACCUUUAAAUGCAUAUAUGUUUCAUUACACAAAUCUAAAAUUACCACAAAAUAAAAUAUUUGCCACAUAUGUAUGGAUUGAUGGCAGUGGUAUCCAUAUGCGUUGUAAAGAUCGUGUUUUAGAUAAAGUCCCUUGUAAUUUAAAUAUGGUGCCGAAAUGGGCCUUUGAUGGAAGUUCAACUGGACAGGCAAGAACUGAAGAUUCAGAUACCAUUUUAUUACCAGUCGCCUUAUAUAAAGAUCCAAUUAGAAAAAGUCCACACGUCAUUGUUUUAUGUGAAACGUACUAUGGUGAUGGCACUCCUACUCCUACAAACCAUAGAGCUCACUGUGCAAAUAUAUUGAGCAAACUUUCAGAUCAGGAGCCAUGGUUUGGAAUAGAACAAGAAUAUACUAUGUUUGAUGUAGAUUUAUGGCCCUUGGGUUGGCCAAAAGUACGUGGAUUUCCCGUAAUAAAAUCUAAAUAUUCUUACUGUGGAAUGGGUGAACACAUCGCUGGAAGAGAAUUGGCUGAAUGUCACGCUAGAGCAUGCAUUUAUGCAGGAAUGGACUAUGGUGGGUCUAAUGCAGAAGUUAUGAAAGGGUCCUGGGAAUACCAAGUGGGGACAACGGUCGGGAUUAAAGCGGCAGAUGACUUAUGGCUAGGACGGUACUUGUUGGGGAGGUUAGCUGAAAACUUUGGAAUAAUAAUUAGUUACCAUCCUAAGCCUGUGGGUAAGAAUCAGCCAGGAAUUGGCUGUCAUCAUAACUUUAGCACUAAGAAAAUGCGUGAUGAAGGAGGUAUUACAGAAAUUGAAAGAGUUUGUAAAGUGUUGUGUGCUAAGCAUGGUGAUUACAUGAAACAUUAUGGUCUCGGAGACGGUCAAGAUAAUCGAAAAAGAUUGACUGGAAAAUUUGAAACUGCUUCUUUUGAUGUAUGUAAGUGGGCCAUUGCUGAUCGGACUGCUUCGAUUAGGUUGCAAAGAAGUGUGAAGACUAAAAAGAAAGGUUUUCUAGAAGAUCGCCGGCCUGCAGGAGACUGUGAUCCAUACAGAGUCUGCGCUCUUCUCGCAGAAACAUGUGUUUGAGCCAAAAUUAUGUACAUUUCAUAUUUCAGCAUUAAUUAUUAAAUUUUGGUAUCCCCACCACCCGCCAACGUCGAUAUAAUAACUAAAAAUCUGUAAAUUAUUUGCGAGGUUAUACCGAGUAGCAGCAUCAUAUCAGUGAGUAGCAGACAUACGGUCACGUUUAAAUCACAAAUAUUAACAAUAUUGUUCCUACAAUUCAAGGCGGUAUAAUACUAUUUUACAAUAGUGUUAAAAACUUCUUGCGAAACGUGCGAAAUGUUCAUGACUUUGCAAAUACCGUGUUUAAAGGUUCGGCU